UUACCAUACCAUUGUCCAAUCUAACUAGGAAUCAAAUGAAAACUAUACAAAGCUAAUAUAUCAGCCUUCAUUGAAAUCAAAUUUUCAAAUGAGAAAAUCUAUGAAUGUCCAACUUGAAAAUCAGUCUGGUCUAUGAUUGCCAGAGGUGGGUUUUGUCUGUCCUUGAUAAACUACAGUCACAGUUUCUUAUGCCCCAGUAACAGUAAACUUAGUAAUGUGACUAGCUCGAAUUGUUUUGCGUAAAUGCAGGUUCUAUAAUCUAUCUCAUCUUAAAUGACUGGUAGGUUGCUAGCAAUUACUCACUACCAGAAUCCCAUUCUUGCAUGCUAUAUCAUCACUCAUCGUCUCUUCAAACCAGAAACAUUCUAUCCACACAAGCUUCCAAAAAUUCACCAGCAUAUCCAUGUGCAUAUCUACCUAACCAGUCUUCCUCAAAUUUACUCACAGGAAAUAAGAACAAUCAUCAAACACUCACCGUGAUCUCUUUUUUCCUCCACAUUCUCGCCAAAUAAACAAACAUGAGGAGCCAUAUCCAGUUUCUCUUGGGACUUGCGCUCUUCAGCAUUAUCUGCCUCGUUCAAACAAAAUCCAUCAUCGAACCCUGCUCUUCCUCAGACUCCUGCUUUUCUCUUCUCUCCUUCGUCGUUCCCUGGGACUCCAAGCUCUCUGAAAUCGCCUCGCACUUCCAGGUCAAUGUCUCCGACGUCCUCGCCGCUAAUUCCAUCUUCCCGAUAUCACAGAAACUCUCCGAUCAGAUCAUCAGAUCCAAAUCCGUCGUGAAGAUCCCCACGUCGUGCCCUUGCGUAGACGGAAUCCGAAGAUCUAUGUCCACGAACUACACGGUGCAAGCAUCGGACACACUGGAGACCAUAUCGGAGGGAUUCGGCCGGCUGGUGAGCGCGGACCAGUUAGCGACGGUGAACAGCAUUAAUGCGACGAAUCGUUUAACGAACGGAGGGAGGUUGGUGAUACCGUUGCCGUGCACGUGCUUGAAUAACGUGAGGAACGGCGAAACGACAGUGUAUAUGUCGUAUGUGGUGAGAGAGGGAGAGAGCUUAAGGAGCAUAGCGUCGGGUUCCAAAACGACAGUGUCGGAUUUGGAAGCUAUCAAUGGAUUGGGUCACGCCACCGUCGAACCGGGGGAUAUCAUUGCCGUUCCCAUUGCAGCAUGUUCUUCAGCAACACUGAAUUGGUACAACGAGUCUCUCAUCGUCCCUAAUGGCUCCUACGCUCUCACUGCCUCUCGCUGCAUCAAAUGCUCCUGUAACCCCACUGAUCUCAGGCUGCAAUGUUACCCAUCUGGUCUACCAGUUCCUUGCUUCAACUUACAGUGCAAAGAAUCCAAUCUUGUAAUUGGCGACCAACAUGUCACUUAUUUCAAACCUGGCUGCAAUGUCACUCAGUGUCUUUAUCGUGGCCAUAGAGGCGGCAAGAUUCUCAGAAGUGUGUCGAAAUCUUCUUAUCUCAAGUGCCCCGAAAAUUUAACUUAUAAUGCAGCAUCUCCUUGGCCAUCCAUAAGUUUAAAUCCCGCAAUAAUGCCAUUUGGGGCACUUUCUCCAUAUCCUUCACCUAGUCCUGUUUCUGAUGCUUCCAUGCACACGGCUCAAGUUUCAAUGGAGUUGCUCCUAUUACUACUUUGGAUUUGUUUCCUGUGA